AGUGAUGUUAAGAAUUUUAUAAAAUUUUGAAUUUAAAAAAAAAAAUCCCUUAAAAAUUAAAAAAAAAGUGUUGUGCUAAAGAAAAAACAAAAAAACCCCUUUACAAAUAUAUAAAAGAAAAAAAAAAGAAAAGAAAAAUUCCUUUAGAAAAUCUAAAAAUGUUUGAUCCCUUUGUGAAAAUAAAGAAAAAGCAAAAUAUUGUGGUCAAUGAUUUAGAAUCAAUAGAAAUAGUGGAUGAUUUAAAUGAGAAUUCUUCGGAUUCGGAUAAUGAUUGUUGCUGUUUAACACCGCCCCCUACAGCAGCUAACACACCCACAACACCCAAAUCUCCUGCCACAGCAACUACAACAACGGCGGCGGCCACAGCAGCAGCCGCAGUACAAGCCAUUGCUAAUGAAUUAGCCGCCUCUACCAGCAAAGCCUCAAGUACAAAUGCAGCAGCAACAUCCUCUUUAAAUUUAAACAAUUGUAGUCGUUUGCAACAAUUAAUAGCAGCACCGCCUAUAAUACAAACCACUCAUCAUCACCAGCAGCAGCAGCAGCAACAACAACAGCAAUUGAAUACACCACCCACACCACCGCCCUCUACACCACCAACACCUGCCUUACAUAGAUCGGAAAUAUUGCAACAACAUUUACAGUCAGCCUGCAGCAAUACAAAGGCCCAUCUUAGCCCUUCACAACCUUCGGUAUUACAACAACAUUUGGGUCAUUUGCCUACACAAGAAAGACCAAAUUUACAAACUUUAACCCGUCAUUUAACAACAACUGCAACACCUGCCUCUUCUCAAUAUUCUACUCUAAGCCAGCAAUUGUCCUCCUCUUCCUCCUCCAGCUCAUCUUCAACUUCUGCUAACAGCGGCUCCUUGUUGCAAGAAGUUUUUUCUAACCACAAUUUACAAAAUGUAUUAAAAAGACAAAGUUCCUCAAUAAGCAACGCGAGUACAAAUUCUUCAACGUCUUCUUCUUCCUCUUCCUACUCUUCUUCGUCGUCUUCUUCUGCUGCUAGCACCACGGUCUCUUCUAAUACAAAUUCUACUUUAAGAAGUUUGGUUUCAAAUCCCUCUUCUUUGAUAACAUCAAGUACAACUUUAAAUAGUAUUAUAGCAAAUCGUUUAAAUUCGCCGCCAGCUUUAACCCACCAUCAUCAACAACAACAACAGCAACACUUAACUACCAGCCCUGCGAAUUCCUCUAAUACACCCACAGGGGGAGCAGCAACCUCUUCUUCAUCCUCCUCCUCCUCUUCCGCUUCGUCUUCUUUAUAUCAUCAGCAACAUUCCGCUUUAACGAAUUCUAUAACCCAUCGUAUACAUCAAUCAAUACGCCGACAUUUAAAUCAACAACAAAAUCAAGCCUUGGCCACAAGUCAGCAGCAACAGCCAGUAGCUGCUCAACAACAUCAUCAGCAUCAAAGAAGUCAACAACAGCAGCAGCAACAAAAUUCUCAAUUACAGCAUCAUCAUCAACAUCAUCAUCAGCAUCAUUCUUCGUCUUCGCAGCAGCAACAUUCCUCUUCUAACGGAUCUUCUUCUUCCUCCUCUUCUUCAUCAUCCUCUUCUUCUUCUUCAAAUAACAAUAAUAAUAAUAAUAACAAUUCAACAAAUUCUCCUUUAUGUGUAGUAUUAUUGGUUAAAUGUCCAAAUUCUAAAGAAUAUUGUAAUGCUUUACAACAGCAAAACAACAACAAUCAAAAUCAAUUAAUAAAUCCCAAUCCUGCAAGUGUAACUCAACAACAACAUAACCACAACAACAACAACAAUCAUCACCACCAGCAACACCAUCAACAUCAUCAUCAUCACCACCAACAACACUUACAUUGCUGUGAUAAUAAAAGGUAAUAAAAACAACAAAUACUUUUUUUACUCUUAAAAUAUUUGCUCUUUUUUGUUAAGAGAGAGAGCAUAAAAAAACACUCUUUUUCUUAUACUUAUAAAAGGGAUUUUUUGU